AAAACCAAGAUUUACGGGGAGAACUGGACUCUGCGGCCACAGAGCCCAAGUUGUUCUCGAACACUUUUCCCGGGAGUUCUGGAGACACGGAGGAGGCGAAGUCCCCGGAACCAUCGACCGGAGCGGCGGGAACGGAAAGGAAGACAUGUUGGAUUGAGUUCGGACCGGGAACAUCAACGGAAGAACCGCAGAAGAUGUUUCGAAAAAAAGCGUCUUCCUCCUUGAGAGUGAGAAGAAUAACAGAAAGCUCCAAAUGGAGUAUUGACAGAGCUCGGAGCUCGUCCUUUCAUGAGGUUGGCCGCCAGCGUGAGAUGGAGAUGAGGGCUGCAGCUGACGAGCCGUCCAACAGCAGCAACAGCGCUGCAGGAGGUGGCAGCACAGUCCUGCAACGCCUCCUCCAGGAGCAAAUCAACAGGAAUUAUGUUCUGCAACAACAACAAUCUGGAGGAGGAGGUGGCGGAGUAGCAGGGGGAGGGGGAGGAGGUUAUUUGGUACAGGGACAGGUAAGCCCAUCUGAUGAUCAUUCCAUAACUGCCCACAUUGCCCGACAGGAGCCUCAGGGACAAGAACUACAGACGGACAAUGGCCUGGAGAAGCUUGGCUCUAUCAGAGUGGGAGGAGGAGGUGGGAGCAGUGGAGGAGGAGGCUGUGUGGGGACCUGUGUUGGAGGAGGAGGCACCAAUGGUAGUGGAGGUGCUGGGAACAACCUAGGCCAGUGCCCAAACCCAGAAGACCUCCCCACAUACGAAGAAGCCAAAGUACAGUCCCAGUACUUUCGUGGCCAAGGUCCCCCACCUCAGGCUCAGCAGCAGAACAGUUCGCCCCAACAGCCCCCGCUGCCCACCUCUGUGCGUAGCACCUUUUAUGUCACCGAGCUGAGCGGUGUUAAGGUACGCACUGAGGGUCGACCAACCCUGCAGCGAGUCAGUGGUGCAGGGAAGGUGCACCAGGAUGAUGGACUAAAGGACCUGAAGCAAGGCCAUGUUCGGUCUCUGAGUGAACGGCUGAUGCAACUCUCUUUAGCCACUAGUGGUGUGAAGGCCCACCCCCCUGUAAGCAGCACCCCACUGUCACCCCAGCUGCCCCCUCCUGGGCAUUCUGGGGACUACUACAAGGCCCAGCAUCGCGGCCCUCCUCCAGACUACCCAUUUAAAGGAAUGGGUUCUCCCGGCAAACGGCAGGAGUCUGCAGGUCACUUUUACCAAGAACUAAGAGGGAGGGAGCACUCGAGGGAGGUCCCAAAUGUCCGGUACCAGCCCCCACCUGAGUAUGGCUCAUUCAGAUCCAGUAAAGAGGGUUCUGUUCACUACCAGAGACCCCUGCACCAGCACAGCCCCACGUCCUCUGUCACCUCUGUUGGCUCUCUGUCUCGUGCCCAGUCCUCGACCCUCAGCAGCAUCCUUUCAGCCUCCCAUUCAUCACAUCCUUCCAUUCCUCACCAGCAACCACAGAGCCAUGGAGACAUUUUUCCCAUUAUGGGCCCUCGUAGUUCUCAGGGAGCAGGCUCCCACCCAGUGGCAGAGCCUUUUGCACCAGGACCUGGUCAUCAGACACCUCAGAGGGGUCAGGCGUUCACUUUGGAUUCCUACGGCUCAUCGCCAAGGCUUCACCAUCAGCAGCAGCACAUUCAGUGCCAGCAGCAGCCUUUCCAAGUACCUGGACUUCUGCAGUCUCAGCUGUCAGUUCAACCUGGACCUUUUCCUCUGCCACAGUCCUUCUCACAUCUGCAGGUGGGGGAGCCGUAUGCCAUGAUGUCCCGGACCCAACACAUGGUUGAUGUGCUGACAGAGGAGAACAGGAUGCUGAGGCAGGAGAUGGAAGCAUGCCGGGAGAAAGUCACAAAGCUGCACAAGUUGGAAACAGAGAUCCAGCUGGUGUCAGAGGCCUAUGAAAACCUUGCCAAGUCCUCCUCCAAGAGGGAGUCCCUAGAGAAAACCAUGAGAAACAAGCUGGAGCUGGAGGUGCGCCGUCUGCACGACUUCAACAGGGACCUAAGAGAGCGCAUGGAGACUGCUAAUAAACAACUUGCAUCUAAAGAGUGUGAUGGCUCAGAGGACAACCGUAAAACCAUCUCCCAGCUGCUGGCUCAAAACAAAGAAACUCUGCGUGAGAAGGAGAAAUUGGAGAUGGAGUUGAAUGCUCUUCGCUCCACCACAGAGGACCAGAGGAGACACAUUGAGAUCAGAGACCAGGCUCUCAACAACGCCCAGGCCAAGGUGGUCAAACUGGAAGAGGAGCUAAAGAAAAAGCAGGUUUACGUAGAGAAGGUGGAGCGGAUGCAGCAGGCUCUGGCUCAGCUCCAGGCAGCAUGUGAGAAGAGAGAACAACUUGAACAUCGGUUGCGUACGAGGCUGGAACGAGAGCUGGAGUCUCUACGCCUGCAGCAGCGUCAAGGCAGCUCUCACAGCAGCGGUGCGGGUCCCUCUGAGUACAACGCCACCGCCUUGAUGGAGCACCUGAGGGAGAAGGAAGAGCGCAUCCUGGCUCUGGAGGCCGACAUGACCAAGUGGGAGCAGAAAUACCUGGAGGAGAGCGUGAUGAGGCAGUUUGCUCUGGAUGUCGCUGCUUCUGUUGCGACUCAGAGGGACACGAGCACGGCAGGAACCAGCCACUCACCAAGCAGCAGCUACGACACGUCGGUCGAAGCUCGAAUCCAGAAGGAGGAAGAGGAGAUCCUCAUGGCCAACCGGCGCUGCCUGGACAUGGAGAGCAGGAUAAAGAACCUCCAUGCCCAAAUCAUUGAAAAGGAUGCUAUGAUCAAGGUGCUUCAUCAGCGCUCCAGAAAAGAGCCCGUCAAGUCUGAUGCCCCAUCAGCCAUGAGGCCUUCCAAGUCUCUAAUGUCCAUCUCCAACACCGGCUCUGGUGGGUCAGGAGUGCUUUCUCACAGCCUUGGACUCGGCAGCUCACCGAUCACUGAAGAGCGCAAGGACACCUGCUGGAAGGGCAGUUUAGGGGUUCUGCUGGGUCCAGAAUGUCGUAUAGACUCUCUGAGGACCGAGUCUAUCUCAUCGUCUCCGUCCCCUGUCCUGUCUUCAACCCUGAUGACUACUGGACAUUCUAAGACGGGCAGCAAGGACAGCUGCACACAGACUGAAAAGGGUCAGAACCAGGAGAGCAGCAAAGCCACCGCUCCAGCCCUGCAGAGUAUGACCCUGCCAGCCCGCCUGUCCAGCCCCAGCCCGGUCUACAUCCCUGAUCGAUUAGCAGAUGUCCCAGUUUUUAACAGUAGCACCCUUGACAGGAGGUUUCCUGUGCAUUCCCAUCUACCACAUCCAGCUCCUGCAGCCGCUCCCACCCAACAGGAGGUGGACCUGGACCUGGUAGAGAUCCUCAUCUGAGCCUGUCAUCUCAACAUUGGGAGCCCCACAGAGUUGUUUGGAUGGCAGCCUCUUCACAAACACACUGCUCUGAUCUUUUCUUGACUGUCAUCCAAAACCACAGCUUUAUCUGUGAACUGUCUGCCUCAAGAGAAGUUCAGUUUGUUUUUAUCUGUGCAUUUGUUUCACAGUUACCCAUCUGAAGCACACAGACAAAAAGGUUCAUGUGUAACUAUGCUGUUUGAUCUAAAUACCUAUUAAUGUAUUUAUUUUUACUAUGCUGUUUACUCCAUUUUUAAUACCAUUCAAUACAAAGUGAUAACCAUGGAGUACUAA